AUGGCCACUUCGACGACUAGCCUUACGGCAUCCACCACCACGGCCUCAGCCACAUCCACGUCAACAUGUAUCAACAUGAAGGCCGGAAAGAAUGGAUAUUUGCCCCCUGAUGCAUGCGAUGUGAUUCUUUACUAUGUUCCGUCUUUGGCUGCUGCCCUUCUUUUUUGCGUCCUUUUUGGAUUAAGCACUUCGGUCCAUAUGGCCCAAGCUAUCAUUCAUAAGAGAAAAUAUGCUGUGGUGAUCAUCUUAGGUGGUCUGUGGGAGCUUACUGCAUUCGCCUUCCGCUCGAUUCAAACUCAUAAUCAAUCUUCUAACCUCAUCAACACUUUGUACACAAUGUUCUUCCUACUAGCCCCAAUUUGGAUUAACGCUUUCCUUUACAUGACCCUUGGUCGCAUGAUCAACUUUUACAUCCCCGACCAGAAGCUCCGUGGCAUCUCUGCACGCAAAUUCGGAGUGAUCUUUGUCUGUCUUGAUAUCUUCGCUUUCUUCGUUCAGAUGGUUGGCGCAGCUUUCACCACUGGCAAGAACGCUAAAAAGGAUGUGGUAUUGCUGGGAAUCCACAUUUACAUGGGCGGUAUUGGACUUCAGGAACUAUUCAUCAUUGGUUUUACCGUGUUGACCAUUCAACUUCACCUAACCAUGGUCGCAAUGGAGCGCAUGGGGUACCGCUCAGAGAAGAUGACCAACGGGCCAUUCCCGUGGCGAUGGCUUUUUUAUGCCAUCUACUUUGCACUGACAAUGAUUACGAUUCGUAUUAUCUUCCGUCUGGUUCAAUACUCUCAGGGCUAUUCAUCCACAAAUCCUAUUCUGCUUCACGAGGUAUAUGAGUAUGUCUUCGAUGCCUCACCAAUGCUGCUGGCCCUUUUGGCUGUUAACCUCCUUCACCCCGGCCGUUUACUCCAAGGAGAGGGUUCAAGGUUCAAAAAAAUCAGUCGUGCGGAGAAGAAACAACAGAAAAUUCUGAAGAAGAUGCAGAAGGAUCAGGCAGUCCAGAAAGAGGAGGCCAUGAGAAGCGUUGAAGAAUUUGAGAUGGGACCCGUUCGUGCCUAUGUUUGA